UUAGAUCCGCCUCUCUCUCCCCCCCGCGCUGAAAGUCCGCAAGGAGAGGGAGCAACGGCGCGCUUUGCCGUUCUUUCCGUCACCGCGAUCACGGCAACAGCAGCAGCAGCAGUAGCGUCACCAUGGGCCUCCACUCAAGCCGCCAGCCGCGUCUGCAUCACCUCAGCCAGGCUCUGCUGUGGCUCGCGCUGUGCACGCUGUGCACGCUGUGGAGUGAACGCUGCUCGGCCGAGACGCUCUGCGGCUCUGAGCUGGUGGACACGCUGCAGUUCGUGUGCGGCCCCGAUGGAUUCUACGUGGUGCGACCGAGCGGGCACCGGGGCGGGCUGGGCCGGCGUGCGGGCGGCAUCGUGGAGGAGUGCUGCUUCCGCUCCUGCUCGCUCAUGCAGCUGGAGCAGUACUGCGCGCGGCCCACGCGCUCCGCCAAGCACGAGCGCGACGUGCACGCGGACUUCCUGACGAGCCCUCUCACGGCGCACUACGUGUGGUCGCGGAAGGACUCUGCUGCUGCACGUUUCGUUACUCCUCAGCAGCAGCAGCAGCAGCCGCAGCAGCCGCAGCAGCAGCCGCACCAUCGCGACGACUCCCAAGGAAAGCGUUCCGAGGGCGUAGCGGAUGACGUUACGCACCGGCCACUCAUGACUCUGCCCAGUACGCCGUAAAAAAAA